UGGUGUCUCAACAAGUGAUUCGCUGGAUUUUCAAUGCAAUUGUACCCACAUUAGCGGCUGUCCUCAUGCUGCUUUCGCAGGGAGAAGAACUACCACAUACAAAUGCCAAGUCAUACGCAAUCGCAUUCCCAUUACCGCGCUGAACAUCGUUUUCAUUUCUUGAACUACCGCGCAAAUCCAAAGUAACGGCUACCGGUAACUCUUGCAUUUGACAUGCAUCGCCGCUAUUUGCGCAGCUUCGUGCUGCUGCUAGCGCUGCUGGUGGCUGUAGCCUCCGCGCAGACGUCUAGCGGCUCCUCGUCCGCCUCCAUCUUCGCGAACUCGACUAUGAAUUCUUCAUCCUCCUCGUCAAGCUCCAAGAGUCAAUGCGAAAUCUGCCGAGACGGAGGUGACUGUUCCAAGGCCUACAAUGGGGCCGCCGGACAAUUCUGCAACUCAUGGCUGGACUCGUCCAACAACCGACGCGCAUGCUGCUGCCCCGCCAGCGACGUCUGCUCCUCGGACAACACGUAUGAGUGCACAUGCCAGCACAAGAACGACCGCCCGUCGUAUUGGAUCUGGAUCGGCCUUGGUGUUUUCGUCGUCGGUGGACUGAUCGGUGGCGGAAUCCUCAUGGCCAUUCGCAAGCGCCGCAUGCAGCAGCAGGGUGACUACCCACCUGAAGCUGGCGUGACGUACACGCAGCAACCAGUGUACGCACAAGGUGGCUAUGCCCAACAGGGAUACGGACCAGGCACAUACCCGCAACCGGUGUAUGCUCAAGGAGGAUACGCUCAGCCUACGUACGUCCAGCCAGGAUACGGCCAUGGCGGCUAUCGAGACGACUAUGGACGAGGCGGACGCCGUGGAAUGGGCACGGGUGGUGCUGUGGCCAUGGGCGCUGCAGGAGGUUUGCUGGGUGGUCUUCUAAUUGGAGAAGCCCUGGGUGACAUGGGCGGUGAUGGAGGUGGCGGUGGCGAGUUUGCUGGAGACUUUUAGAUCAACAUCAUGAUCAGCGAAUAACAGAAUAUAACGCACAAAAGUGCUUGUCCAGAUUUUCCAAUG